AAAUUAACGACUUGUUAUAGUGCCUUUCUUUAAGACUCCGGAUUCCACCGGGAUAUUUAUGGUCAACUAAGAUCCGUGUGAUAGGUCCUCAGUCUCCAGUGUCAUUGGUGAAUGACCGAAGAUGUCUCACAGCAGGUUGUUUGCCAGGCUGCUUUUGCAGCACAGUGGAGUCAGGCACUGCUACACAGGAACAAGAAAGAACCUGUACAUUGACAAGAACACGAAGGUCAUCUGCCAAGGUUUCACGGGGAAGCAGGGGACAUUUCACAGUCAGCAGGCUCUCGACUAUGGCUCCCAGUUAGUUGGAGGAGUUUCCCCUGGCAAGGGUGGCAAGACCCACCUUGGCCUGCCAGUUUUUAACUCUGUGAAGGAGGCAAAGCAGGGCACAGGGGCAGACGCCUCUGUGAUUUAUGUACCUCCUCCAUUCGCGGCAGCAGCCAUCAUUGAGGCCAUUGACGCAGAGAUACCUCUGGUGGUGUGCAUCACUGAGGGCAUCCCCCAGCAGGACAUGGUUAAAGUCAAACAUAAGCUUCUGCGCCAGAGCGCUACUCGCCUCAUAGGCCCAAACUGCCCAGGAGUCAUUAAUCCCGGGGAAUGUAAGAUUGGCAUCAUGCCAGGCCACAUUCACAAGAAAGGAAGAAUCGGCAUUGUUUCUAGAUCGGGUACCCUGACAUAUGAAGCUGUGCACCAAACUACACAAGUAGGCCUGGGCCAGUCACUCUGUGUUGGUAUUGGCGGGGAUCCAUUUAAUGGCACAAACUUCAUAGACUGUCUGGAGGUGUUCCUGCAGGAUCCCAAGACGGAGGGCAUCAUCCUUAUUGGAGAAAUCGGAGGAAAUGCAGAGGAGAAUGCAGCAGAGUACCUGAAACAGCACAACUCUGGUGAUAAUUCAAAGCCUGUGGUAUCCUUCAUCGCUGGUCUAACUGCUCCUCCUGGCCGUAGAAUGGGCCAUGCUGGCGCCAUCAUCGCUGGCGGGAAGGGUGGAGCCAAAGAGAAGAUUGCAGCCCUCCAGUCAGCUGGAGUUGUAGUCAGCAUGUCCCCUGCUCAGUUGGGCAGCACUAUGUUCAAGGAGUUUGAGAAGAGGAAGAUGUUGUAAAUUGCGCAAGAAGGCAGCUGACCUCUUACCCCCUGCCUCGAAAUUGAGAUGAGCAGCCUGAGUCUGGAGGUGGAUAUGCCCCUACGGUGUCUGUAAACCCCGAUUAUUUCAACUACGAUACGCACACGAAGUGUUUAUAUUGUAAUUUCUGCCAUGAACUCAUACCUUGCACAUAAAUGGAAAGAAUAAAACACAGUGUUUUACUGGUAUCCUAAAGAAAUCAUUGUACACAUGUAAAAGCUUUAUAGAUGUUUUCCUUCUCCACACAAUGUCGGCAGCUUACGGAUCGUCGCCACAGUGAUCUGUUUCAUUCUGUUCUGCUGUUCCUGCUCUAUGAUGGAUUUCAUCACUAAUUUCACUGGUUGUCCACCCGAAUAAGAAACAUUUCUCAUAUCAUUUUCUAGCUGUGUCGCCUGUACUUUCACGUGGCAUAUGUAAGAAACAGAUGUGGUCUACUUGUAGAAUGGCCUUGCUGUCUCCAGAUUUUUAGGCAUCAUUAAAGUAACUCAAGAAGUACAAAUCAUCACUUAUCGGGAUGCAGAAGGGGCAGGCAAUGUGGUAUAGAUACAGAAACAACUGCCAGGUGAGCAUUUAUGACAAAAGUGCUUCUUUUUACCAUAAAUUGCAAUGUUAAUAAAUCCCACUUCUGAAAACGCCUCAUCCGA